AUGGCCCUCGGUAGAAAAGGAUUUAAGAAUCAAUAUGGCAAUGAUCAGUCAGUGGAUUUUUCAAUGCCCCACACCGUCGAAGAUCCUUCAUCAUGCCUCAGUUUCAGUAGAAUCAGAAAAGUGAAAGUUAAUGAAGUUCAGGACUCCGAAAUUGCAGUGUCUGCAUCUUUGGGGCACUCCUACAGAAGGGGAGGCUAUAAUACAAUUUCAUUGUGUACUUUUUAUAACAAGAGUGAUGAAAAUAUUAUUUCAUUGAGUCCACCUUACAAUGAUGAGGAGAAUUCAAUCUCAUUAGGGACUACCUUUAAUAAGGCAGAAGGAAAUUUCAUCUCAGUUGGUCAUACUUUUGGCAAGGGAGAUGAAACUUUCAUAUCGAUGGCUCAUAAUUACAGCAAGGGUGACAUUCAAAUAUUAUCAAUGGGUCAGCCCUUUGAGAAGGAAAAUGGAAGUUUUGUAUCAAUUGGUCAGUCAUAUGAAAAGGAAGAUGGCAGUUUCAUAUCAUUAGGUAACUCCUACAACAAAGUGCAUGAGAAUUUCAUAUCUAUGGGUUCGGUAUAUGGUAGAGGAGAUGAGAAUUCGAUCUCAGUGGCUCCGACAUUUGAAGAGGCUGAUACGAAUAGGUUGACAAUGGGUUCACAAUAUGACAAAUCAGAUAGAGAUCUACCUUUGAGUCACAAUUACAAUAAGAAUGAGAGCAAUACCAUAUGUUUUGGUGGUUUGCAUGAUGAAUCUGAGACAAACCGUUCUGGUGGGAUCAUCCAUAACUGUGGUUUCGUUACCUGUAAUCAGUAUACAACAGCUCAAGCAUCGGAAGAAGCUGAUGUCAGAAAAUGUGAUCAUUAUGUUGAGUCCAAGAUGGAUGCACAUAUAGAUGACACUGAGAAACUUAAAGCCAGAUCUGUGAAUAUUCCCAAAGUAAAAGAGCCAAAGACCAAGAAAGCUCUUCCAAACAACUUCCCUUCGAAUGUCAAAAGUUUGUUGUCAACUGGUAUGCUUGAUGGUAUUCCUGUGAAGUAUUUUUCCUGGUCAAGGGAAAAAAACCUUGAUGGAAUUAUCAAAGGGACUGGGUAUUUAUGCUCUUGUGCUGACUGCAAUCACUCAAAGGUAAUGAACUCUAAAUUCUCUUGUCAUGCUUACGAGUUUGAGCGUAAUGCUGGUGCCGAGACCAAACAUCCCAACAAUCACAUCUACUUUGAGAAUGGAAAGACCAUCCAUGCUGUUGUUCAAGAGCUGAAGACUACUCCUCAGGACAUGCUGUUUGAUGUUAUCCAAACCGUGACAGGGUCUCAGAUUAAUCAGAAGAACUUCCGGGUAUGGAAAGCCUCAUUCCAAGCUGCCUGCGGUGAACUUCAGCGCAUCUAUGGAAAAGAUGAAGUUGCUAUACCAUCUUGA